UGAAACCAGGGAAGGAAGGGUACACAUUUUUUCUCUCCCCACUUUUUUUACCUCCUUGUUCCUCAACUUGGCUGUUUCCAAACGUUAGAGAGAGAGAGAGAGAGAGAAGAAAGAAAAAUUAGAGUAGAAGACGAUUCGUUCUCACAAAAAGUUGAUCGAAAGAAUUGAACUCGAUUUUGCUUUUCAAGAUUGUUACUCGUUAGAUCUGCUCACCAGUUCUCUGUUCCUUUCGCGAGAAAAUCUGGGGGAACCAGUGAGAUGAAGCGAUUACGAGAUGAUGUUAAUGCUAACUCGCAAUUUAAGCGGCCAUUCAGUUCUUCUCGUGUGGAAUCCAAUGGGCAGCCCCAGAUCCCUGGAGGAGGAGGAGGAGUUGGAGCUGCUGGUGGUGGUGGUGGUGGUGGAGGUGCGCAGAAACUAACAACCAAUGAUGCCUUAACUUACCUCAAGGAAGUUAAGGAAAUGUUUCAAGAUCAAAGAGAUAAAUAUGACAUGUUCCUUGAUGUCAUGAAAGAUUUUAAGGCUCAAAGAAUCGACACUACUGGUGUCAUAGCGAGGGUGAAAGAACUAUUCAAAGGGCACAACAAUCUAAUCUUUGGGUUUAACACCUUCUUGCCAAAGGGUUAUGAAAUUACCCUCAUUGAUGAGGAAGAGCCCCCGGCAAAGAGAACUGUUGAGUUUGAAGAAGCUAUAAGUUUUGUAAACAAGAUAAAGAAACGUUUCCAAAAUGAUGAUCAUGUAUAUAAAUCAUUUCUUGAGAUCUUGAAUAUGUACAGAAAGGAGCAUAAGGGCAUUACUGAGGUCUAUCAUGAGGUUGCUGUACUUUUUUCAGACCACUCAGAUUUGCUUGAUGAGUUCACAAGAUUUUUACCCGAUACUUCAGCUACAGCAUCAGCUCCACAUGUUCCACUUGGCCGACAUUCUUUUCAUCGCAAUGAUGAGAAGAGUUCUGCUAUGACCACAUCACGGCAGGUACCUGCAGACAAGCAACGCCGGCGAGACAGGAGUAUUACACCCCACACAGAUCAUGAUUUAAGUGUUGAACGCACUGACAUGGAUGAUGAUAAAACAAUGAUGAAAAUGCAGAAGGAUCAGAGGAAACGUGCUGAAAAGGAGAACAGGGACAGAAGAAAUCGUGAUCAGGACUACAAAGAAUCUGAGAAUGAUAGCAAUAGGGACUUCAGCAUGCAACGCCUUAAUGAAAAGAGGAAAUCUGCCCGGAAGGUUGAAGACUUUGGAGUGAAUCCUGUUGUGGCCUCUUUUGAUGAUAAAGAUGCAUUGAGAAGCAUGUACAAGCAAGAGUUCAUUUUCUGUGAGAAAGUGAAAGAGAGGUUGUGCAGUUCAGAUAAUUACCAGGCAUUCUUGAAGUGUCUUCAUAUAUACAGCACAGAAAUAAUCACAAGAAGCGAAUUACAAAAUUUGGUUGGUGAUUUACUUGGAAAAUUUCCAGACCUUAUGGAGGGGUUCAAUGAAUUUUUGGAGCGUUGUGAGAAUAUUGAUGAAUUUCUUGCUGGAGUUAUGAAUAAAACAGAACCUUUGUGGACUGAAGGGCAUGUAUCCAAAACGGUGAAGGUAGAGGACAAAGAUAAGGAGCAGAAACGUGAAAUUGAGGGAGCAAAAGAAAAGGAUAGAUACAAGGAGAAGUAUAUGGGAAAAUCUAUCCAAGAACUUGACCUUUCUAACUGUCAACGCUGUACUCCUAGCUAUCGACUUCUGCCUGAUGAUUAUCCAAUACCUUUAGUAAGUCAGAGAUCAGAGCUUGGUGCUCAACUGUUAAAUGACCAUUGGGUAUCUGUAACUUCUGGCAGUGAGGAUUACUCUUUUAAACACAUGCGCAGAAAUCAGUACGAAGAAAGCCUGUUUAGAUGUGAGGAUGAUAGGUUUGAGCUAGACAUGUUAUUGGAGUCUGUGAGCUCAACUUCUAAGCGAGCAGAGGAAUUGUUGAACUGCCUUAAUGAUAAUACAAUCAGACCAGAGAGUCCAAUCAAUAUUGAAGACCAUUUUACAGCUCUUAAUUUAAGGUGUAUUGAACGACUCUAUGGUGAUCAUGGUCUGGAUGUGAUGGACAUAUUACGUAAGAAUCCAUCUGUUGCAUUGCCUGUUAUACUAACUCGCAUAAAGCAGAAACAAGAUGAGUGGAACAAAUGCCGCUCUGAUUUUAACAAGGUUUGGGCUGAAAUAUAUGCUAAGAACCACUAUAAAUCGCUUGAUCAUCGUAGCUUCUAUUUCAAGCAACAGGAUUCAAAGAACUUGAGCACAAAAUCCUUGGUGGCCGAGAUCAAAGAAAUUAAAGAAAAAAUGCAUAGAGUGGAUGAUGUGGUUCUGUCUAUGGCUGCUGGAAGCAGACAUCCUAUUUGUCCAAAUCUUGAAUUUGAGUACUCCGACACUGUCAUUCAUGAAGACUUGUGCAAGCUUAUUAAAUAUUCCUGUGAAGAGCUUUGUACAUCAAAAGAGCAAUUGAAUAAAGUUAUGAGGCUUUGGACUACCUUCUUGGAUCCAAUGCUGGGUGUUCCUUCUCGGCCUCAUGAUUUAGAGAGCACUGAAGAUGUUGGAAAGGCUGGACAUCAUACUGGGAAAGGUACUAAAACUAGUAUAGUAGAAUGUGAUGGUAGUCCAAGUGCUGCUGCUACUAUCUUGAAUGCUAACCAAUCAAAACCUGUCAACAAUGGUGAUCAAAGCACAUUGCUGAAGCAAGCAAAUUCUUGCAAGAUUAGUUUGGCAAAUGGGGAUACUUUGGCCAAAGAUAAUUGUUUUCAUCUAGAGAAGGAGCUGAAGAUUAUGGCUGUUGUGGAUACAGUGUCUCGAGCAGUGGGUUCCAUUGAACAACUAACCAAUUCCACAGCAUCACUGGCUAUUGGAGCAGAUAACAUUCAUGGGAGAGUCAGUAUGGAACUAACAUCAGGACAUGGAGCAACUUCUCUUGGACCUGGUCGCGCUGCUGUUGAAGAUAAUGAGGCCAAGUCUUAUAUUGAUGAUGUGCCUUCUUUAGAGGGUGGCAAUGUUUUGAGACCAGUUCCCCUGACAAAUGGAGUGCUCACAGAGGGUAUUAACGUCAACGGAUAUCACAAGGAAUCUAUUGAGUCGCCCAAAAUUGAGAAAGAAGAGGGUGAGUUAUCACCUAAUGGUGAUUUUGAAGAGGAUAAUUUUGUUGUCUAUGGAGAUGGUGGUGGUUCACAGGUUAUCCCUAAAAUGAUGCGUAGUUCUGAAAGCAUGCAAUACAAAGCUGUGAAUCAGGAAGAGCUCUGUUGUCAAGAUGCUGGAGGAGAAAACAAUGUAGAUGCUGAUGAUGAGGAUAGUGAAAAUAUUUCUCAGGGUGAAGAUGUUUCGGGUAGUGAGUCUGCUGCCGAUGAGUGCUCUCAGGACGAGCAUGAAGAAGAUGAAGAUGGAGAACAAGAUGAGAUGGAUGGUAAAGUUGAGAGUGAGGGUGAGGCUGAUGGGAUGCCUGAUGUGCGCUUUGUUAGAGAUGGCAUAUCACCACCGUCAGAAAAUUUUCUUCGGACUGUGAAGCCUCUUGCAAAGCAUGUCACUUCAGCAUUACAUGAUAAUGAAAAGAAAUAUUCCCGGGCUUUUUAUGGAAAUGACAGUUUCUAUGUGCUUUUUAGGCUUCAACAAAUAUUGUAUGAAAGAUUAUUAUCAGCAAAACUGAACUCAACAGCUGCCAAAAUGAAAUGGAGAACAGCAAAGGAAGCUAACCCCCCUGAUCCAUACAGCAGAUUUAUGAGUGCCCUAUAUAAUUUGCUUGAUGGAGCAGCUGACAAUGCGAAGUUUGAGGAUGAUUGCCAGGCUAUUAUUGGAAAUCAGUCUUAUGUGCUAUUUACAUUGGACAAGUUGAUAUAUAAGCUGGUGAAACAGCUUCAAACUGUUGCCAGUGAUGAGACUGAUAAUAAGCUUAUUCAAUUAUACGAGUAUGAAAAAUCUCGGAUGCGACAGAAUUAUGUGGAUUCAGUUUAUUAUGACAAUGUACAUGUUGUUCUUCACGAUGAGAACAUAUACCGAUUUGAAUGUUCAUCUGCCCCAUCUCGUUUGUCCAUUCAGUUGAUGGAUGAUGGGAAUGACAAGGUUGACAUGGUUGCCGUCUCUGUGGACCCUAAUUUUGUGGCUUAUUUGCACAAUGAUUUUCUUCCUGUUAAUUCCCGAAAAAAGGAGCCAUCUGGCAUAUUUCUGCAGAGAAAUAAGCGCAAAUAUGCAGACUUUGAUGAAUCUUCUGCCAUAUGCAAGGCUAUGGAAGGCGUUUGUGUAGUCAAUGGUUUGGAAUGUAAGAUGACUUGCAGCUCAUCAAAGAUCUCCUAUGUUUUAGAUACGGAAGACUAUUUCUUCCGCUUGAAAAGGAGAAGGAAUUUGUCAGCUGGCAGAUCGUCAUGCCAUUAUCAGACCAGAGUAGAGCGUUUUCACAAAUUUUUAACAUCCUUAUAAUAAUAAUGCCUUUUAAUUGAUGAAGGCAUGACCGAACAGCAUGUUUUUUGUAUUCUGCAUUCACUGAAAUAGCCAAACAGAGACUCAGACAAAGGGUAUGCUCUGAAUCUACUAUCUCAUAUACUUAUUUGGGGCAUUAAUGUUCUGUAAAUAGGUUGAUCCAUAAUGUUACUGUAGAGUUGUGUGUACACGUAUUUGUUCUCUGCUUCAUAUAACUUUUUUAUUUAUUUAUUUUAUGUUAAUGGUGCCUAUUGGUGGCACAGAGUUCUGUAGUAGCACAAAUUUGUAAGAUUAUGUAAUUUAAAAGUGAUUAAAUAGGGAGAAAAUGAAUAUAACACAAGAGCUUUACAUUUGAAACUUGCAUCAUCA